GUAUGUACACUCAGUACAAAAAGAAACGCAACUUUUUCAUUUUUCAUUUUUUUAGGUUUAUACUAAAUUUGGACAAACAAUUUUCCCUUUAAUAUUCUCAAUGACAUUUUAUUGUUAACUUGAGUACAAAACGGCAUUAUUUUUAACCUCCCUCAAUGCAGUUUAACGGCAAACUGUACAAACCACAUUUCCACGUGCACACCGUGCUCUAUAGUUUACCGAUAGUUUCUAUGCAUGUAGCCGUGUAGUGAUGAAUCGGUACACAUGAAAAACAAGUUUAUUUGAACUGUCAGUACUUUAUAACCAUGCCGCGCCUUGCUGAACAUUUGCGGAAUCAAGCAAUUGGUUUACUUGAAGCUGGUGUUUCGAAGAUUGACGCUGCACGGCGAUUUAAUUGUCAUGUUAGCACUAUCACUCGUCUACAGAAUAGGUACAAUGCCUCUGGCAGUGUCAAAGACUUACCAAAAUCCGGUCGACCACGAAUAACCACUAGGAGACAGGAUGUGAAUAUUCGAGUGGGGCACCUACGUAAUCGAUUCGAAGCGGCGUCCUCUACAGCUAGACGAACAAUAGGUACUCACGGGCGCAGUAUACACGCAAACACAGUUCGAAAUCGGCUUAAGGAAGUUGGUUUGAGGUGUAGGAGACCCCUCAAGGCAUCACGCCUCACUGCACGUCACAAACGGGAUCGACUACGGUGGGCUAGAGUGCACAUAAGAAUGAACCGUAGAUUCUGGAGCAGGGUACUUUUCUCUGACGAAACUAAAAUAGUGCUGAGCAGAGCCGAUGGUCGUGCACGUGUUUGGAGGCGCAGGAACGAGCGUUAUGCCGAAGCCUGUAUUCAGACUUUUAAUCGUUGGGGUGGUGGCUCCAUUCACAUAUGGGCAGGGAUGUCACAGUUUGGAAGAACAGAUCUUGUAAUGUCAAUGCUCAGACCUAUGUCAAUGAUGUUCUAGCACCUGUUGUCGUACCGUACAUGAACCGUCAUUUUCAGGGACAUGGGACACUUCAACAGGAUAACGCUCGCCCGCACACAGCACGUUUGACUGAAAACUUUCUUGCUCGGAACCACAUCAAUGUGCUAGACUGGCCUGCAAUGUCGCCAGAUAUGGCGCCUAUUGAACACUUAUGGACGAGCUAGAACGUUGCAUUUAUGAGCACAAGCCACAGCCCCAGACGGUGCAGGAACUUCGUCGUGUCGCAGUGCAGGAGUGGAAUAACAUUCCCCAGGCAUCCAUUGCUAUGUAAGUGACCUCUAUGCGUCGCCGCUGCCAGGCGCUUAUCAAUGCUAGGGGUGGACACACAAGGUAUUGAAACUGAAAUUUUCGUGAUCGAUAGCGCUGUGUUUAAACUGCUGGAACUUUCGUAAUUUUGCAGGUAUCAAUGAAAUUGUUGUGUUAUUGAAUAAAGCAUGGAUGAAAUAUUGAAAAGGUAUUGAAGUUUUUUCUGCACCACAUCCACUAUGGGAGAUGACCAGGUAUAUAUACAGUUUGCGUUUCUUUUUGUACUGAGUGUAUA